AUGGGAGGUGAAAAAAAUAUUAAAGUUGAAAAUUCGCAAGAUGAUUUUCAAUCAUCAAAGAGCCUAAAUAACAAAACUAUUGAUUGGAAUGGACUGGAAUGGUUUAAAAAUUCUCAUACUUUUUGGUUUAAUGAUUUUUUAAAAUGGAUAUUGUUGAUCUUAUACGAACCAAAAGAUAGUCAAGAACAAGUUCAUAUUGAAAAAGGGUUAAAAGUUCUGAAAAGUGAGGUCGACGAAUUAUUAUUAUGUAAUGUUGGAAAUUGGUCGGAUAUUCAUAAAAUAAUUUCAGAAUUAUUUGAAAAGUGUAAUAAUUGGAUACUAUCUCACGAUGAACCUUUAAGAAAUUCGAUUAUAAGUGAGAUUGUCAAAAGACUCCGAUUGGAGCAACCUCUUGUCAAAACAUUGGUUGAUUAUUUAAUUCAACUUCAAGUUCCUCAACGUUCAGUAUUAAGGUUUAUGGUUCAUCAAAAUAUACAAGCUCGAGUUGCUUUUGCUAGAACUACUUUAAAACCUCAUCUGGAUACAUACGCAUCAAUGAGUUAUCAUUGUACAAACAAUCCUUAUUUUAAAAAAAUUCAAGUUGAAAAAGAAGAAAUCGGUAAAAAAUAUAAUGAAUUGACAAACACGAAUGAAAAAUUAAAGUUAGACGAUGCUCAUACAAGAUCUUUAUUACAAGAAUUGGGCGAAGAAAGCGAACAACUUAAGAAUCAAUUAAGAGAACAAAAUAACCAACUAAAAAAAUAUAAAGAAAUAGUCAAUAAAUUAAAAGAACAAAAUCCUCAACUUUCCGAAGAAAUGAAUCAAUUAAGAGAACAAAAUAACCAACUAAAAAAAUAUAAAGAAAAAGUCAAUAAAUUAAAAGAACAAAAUUCUCAACUUUCCGAAGAAAUGAAUCAAUUAAGAGAUGAUUUUAACAGUGAAAUUCAACAAUCAUUUGAAAAACAAGAAUCGUUUAAACAUGAAACCGAAAAGGCCAAAAAAGAGGUGUUAUUUUUACAGUCAGCACUUGGAGACGUGACAAAUAUUCGCAUUAGCGAUAAAUCUUUAAAUGGACCUCUUCAAAUAAUAAAAGAUAUUGACAAAUUUAAACAGCUGUUAGAAGAUUUUUCUAAACUAAAGGAUCAUCGGUAG